AUGAAUAUGUUUGCCAAUCAUCAUUUCAAGCACCAGAUCCCGUUACCAAGGUUUAAAAGACAGUUUGUAAUUUUUGCGGAAUAUCCUUUUUGAGAAGAAAAUUUUUUUUUGAAAAGUGGUUGAACUUUGAUGAAACUUGGCUGAACUUCAAUACUUCUUAAACCAAAAAAAUUUUUUUUUGAGUUAUAAAAUUUCGAAAGCUUCAAAAAGCCCAUUUUUUUAAUCAAUUAAUUAUUAUUCUAUACAUAGGCAGGUUUUGUGGCGCUUGAGGGGAACCAAAAAAAGUUAGGUUAUGAAAUAUAUAUAUGCUCAUUUUGAAGCUUAAUGACUCGAAAAAGCACAUACUUACUUCUUAUUCUGGAAUGAGGAGACCCUAGAGAGCAAUCCAGCACAGCUUCAUCGAAAUUUUUAAUAGAUCUUCGGGAAAAAUUCCAUUUUGAAGUUAUUAAGAAGGAACUAAUGAAGAGGAAAAUGUAAUUCUCCUCGCUUGAUGAACUUUCCUAAGCUUCGAAAAACGUAGUAAACAAUUUGUUGAAAUUCAGAGCCAAAGCCGGUCUGUGCGGCGAGCUUCACGUUCGUGCUAAGGUUGACGAAUUGGAGUGUGGCAGUGUUGGUUCUACUCCAGUUUCCGAUAAUAAUGGUGUGAUCUCAGAUUUCCGCCACGGUCCAACCUGAAGACUUUGACAACAUCGUCUCAUCCCUGCAACCAGGUGAUUUCAAUCUUCCAGUUCUAUCAAUCAAUUUGAAGUCUUUCAGCCAAAACCGUGGAAGUGAAGAAGCGAAAAGCGUGCCCGGCUCAUGAUUCUAAACUAUGGAGCGACUUGGUAAGUAUUUCUCCAAGCAAAAUGAGGGAGACGCGAAAACUUCAGAAACACCCGCGAAUAUCGAUUCGAAAGAUUCUGUCGAGAAUAUUACUGUUUGUGCUAUCGAUCUUAUACAUUUUAAGUCCACCGUGGCCGCCGUUGAUGAUGCGAAAAGCGAUCUUUUGUCCGCCACCCCGCGGCUCCUAUUACUACCUUAUCGGAUAUCAGAAGGUUCUGGUUUUCUUCGAGUUUCAGGCGAUUUCCGAUAAGCUUCGUUCACGCAGGCUUUGUUGACAUACACUAUAAUCAUCAUGAAAUGAGCAAAAAUAAGUUCAUUGGGACCUUCACUACCUCAUUUUGCUGUAGCAUGUUGUGCCAUCAUGUCAUGAUUUUUUUUUCCGAGAGUUUCGACGGUCUGUCUAUGUGCAGGCAAAUUUAGUUUUUUAAAGCUCAGAACUGCUUAAAAUAACACCAAAGUAAUCAUUUUUUCCAGAAUGGGAAGAAAAAAGCGUGUUUCUACGCCCAUGAAGCGAUCGGAAUGGAACGUGUGGCGAUUUGUUUACCCCAAAUGCUCCAUCCCAAAAUCCGAGCCGUCGACGUUUAUUACCAUCUUUUAAGGUGCAAAGUACGGACUUGCCUUGAAAUUACCAAAUGAAUACGACAAUUGAGACAAUAAUCCUGCCAUUCAACGAAACCCAAUAUUUUUGUGCGAUGGAACUUUCUUGCGAACAGUCGAUUCGAUGGCUUCAUCGCGACAAGUCUCGGACAAUGUAAAAAAAAAUUUUAUGGUUUGAGAUCGGAUAGUUGAAAAAAAGUCGAAAUUUUGAAUAUUCUAAUUAUAUUCAUUAUCAACGCCGACUAUAUAAAUGGAUCCAUUUUGAUUUUGAAAGAAAACUUUUUUUUUUCAUAUUUUAUGAGAAGCCUCUUUGCUGGUUUGAGAAAUUUAUUUUAAAAAAAUAACCUUUUUAAGUUUCAUAAUCUUUUUUCCGAAAAAAACUGACCAGCAAUGGAGAUAUAAUCCGUCUGCCGCGACUUGGCAGUUUUCGAAUGUCUGAGUCUCUCUGUUCCCUCACCGGCGAGGUCAGAGAAACAUGAAAACAGCACGUCAACACGGAGAGGGUCCACGAGAGACGAGGAGGGCGCAAAGAAAAACAGGAGUUUCGAGUCGCGAAAAACGGACUAUAGGUGAUAUGAUACAUAGAGGAUAACCAAAUCAAAAAAAAAACCCCUCUUUUAAAAGAAUAUUCGUUUUUUCGAGGUCUGAAAGAUUCCAGAAAACGUUCGCCUUACCUGAUAAUCUUCUCGCAACCGAACAGUUCCGAUCUCGGCUGCUGCCUGAUGAUGGAUCCAAACUUUGUGAGUAUUUGUGUGAGUAUAUGUGAGACUUUAAAUUUUAUUUCAAGUUUUUUCAAUUACUUUGAUGUACUCAAAAAACCAUGAACUGAUCAAAUAGAUAGUCACAGAAGCAUAGCUUAAUUCAAAAACAAAAAAAUAGCGCAAAAAUAAGGCGUUUAGAAACUUUUAUGUUCUCUAUUGAUUUUUCAAUAGGAGAAUUUUUGGCGGGUCUUUUUUUAAUAAAGGGGAAAAAACCAUUUUGCCAUUACACUAUCAAAAUCGCAAGUUCUCAGGCCGACAUGGCGGACUUUCUGCAAUGCGACAUGCUCAUCUACGACUACCCUGGCUACGGGGUCAGCGAUGGCGAGAGCACCGAGAAGAACAUUUAUGUCUGCAGCGAGGCCGUCUUCAAGUUGAAAACGGCCAAAAAGUCAAUAUCGGAUGAGGAUUUUUGCAGAUAUGCGACCGACAAGUUGGGCUACGCACCGGAGAAUAUCAUUCUGAUGGGCUUCAGCCUCGGCACCGCCGCCAUGAUACAUAUUGCCGAGAUGCAGAAGGUUGAUUUUUGAAGGAUUGAAGGAUAGAUGUCCAAGAAGUCAGGGUCUCUGGCCUCUCUCAAUUUUUGAGGGAUCUUGUCUUUCUGAUGCAAAAGGUUAUAGGUAGGAGCGGUAGUGCUGAUUGCGCCUUUCACAUCGUUCUCGCGAAUUUUGUUGCGUUGUCCGUCGAUGGCGACGCCGAUCUUCGACAUGUUUCCCAGGUAAAGACUAGAGAAAAAAAGAAUCUCAACUUGAAUUCUUAUAUAAUUGGAUAUAUAUAUAUAUGAUAUUUUGAAAAAGGCUAACUAACGAAGCUCUGACUAGGGAAAAAAACGUUCCCUGGUGAGAAAGAUUUCAGAAUUAAUAUAAUUUUUUUCUAAACAGUCCGUCGAGAUUUUUCAAAUAGUCAAAAAUUUGAUAACUUCAUUUUUUUAUUCUGGUAUUCUAAAACCUUGAAAAAAAUUUUUUUUUGUUUAUUCGGCCCAAUACAAUCUUAUCGGUUAGUUUUCAAUCAAAAGCUUCAUUGGUAUGAGAGGAGCUGCAAGUCAACAGUGUUCCGAAUAGCAAAACCCGAAAUUUAAAAGUUUUGAAUGGUAGUUGUACUAUACUUUUUCCGAUCCUGAGUGACAACUGAUUAGGGGUUUGUUCUUACCGAAGUCUCAGCUACUCUCUAAGAUUUCGAAGUUCCAACACGGUAUUUUUGAAAGCUCGACUACGGCUACAUUUGAAGAAAUUAGUUCUGCUAAGUUUUUUUUUUCCGUUUGAAUAUUUCCUUUAACAAUUUGCAGCCUGGAGAAGUCGGAAAAGAUCACGUCGCCGACGUUGAUCUGCCAUGGCCAACGGGACAUAAUCGUGAGCCAUGCCCACGGCGUUCAGCUCCAAAAGAAGAUCCCCAACUCGGAGCUGUACUCUUUGAAACAUGCCAGCCAUCAGGUAGCAGAUACUCACUGAAAAGUUCAACCAUGAAACGCUCAGGGAAUCUUCUGCGAGCGAGAAAUGUGGGACGAGGUGGAGCGGUUUCUUGGUCAUCGGGUCCAGAUCACGGCCAAGUGGAGCGAGUUGCUACAGAAGGAGUCGGCUUUCUCCGAAAGUCCGUGUCUUUUUUCUUUUUCUACAGUCCAAAAAUGCUUGUUCCUCAGUUACCGAAGUCGCCGUUGAGCCGGUCUUCGUGCCAAGCAAAACAGAUUGA